AUGCCACGUAUUCGAUAUUUUCGAAAAAAAAUUCCCUUUAAACUAUCAAAGGAGUUUUUACAAGAAUCAACUAAAACUAUUGCAAAAAAGAAGCAACGUUGGUUAACAUUUGUGAAACUGAGUUUAUCAGCGUCUGUUACUUUAAUGAUUGCAGUUUUUACCAUUGUUUCUUAUAUUCAUCAAACGGAAAUAGCUGAACGUAAUCGUAUACAAGAUGAACGUUUAGCAAAUGCAACACAUGAUAAAGAUCUUGAAAUAGCUAAUUUAACACGAAUACAAGAUCAAAUAAUUGCUAAUAUUACACGUUAUCAUGAUCUUGAAAUUGCAAAUUUAACACAAAUUAAAGAUUGGGAAAUAGCAUUAGCUAAUCUAGUGAUUGCAAAUGAAACUAAGAUUCAAGAUCGUCAAAUUGCUGAAGAAAAUCGUAAUGAAGAUCGUGCACAACAACAAGAUCUACAUUAUGAAACAGUUUAUGCAACAUAUAUUGAAGAUAUUUCAACUGUUCUCUAUAAACAACCAUAUAAUUAUUCAAUGUUUAAAGAUAACGAAAAAAAGAUGCUUUAUAUUCGUCGAAAGACAUUAUUGACUUUACGAUCAAUUGAUAGUGAACGACGAAGUCAAUUAUUUGUAUUUCUUCAUGAAAAUAAUUUAUUACCUGAUCAAUCAUCUCCAAAUACAACUAUAUCAUUAGUUGGAGCUGAUUUACGACAUAUUGUAAUCAAAAGUCCAGUUACUGGUCAAUAUCAGUUCAAUUCAUUAUCAUUACUAUCUUUAAAUUUAAUGAAUGCAACAUUUAUUGAUUGUAGAUUUACUGGAAAAAUUAAUUUUACUGGAUCAAUUGUGUCUAAUGCGACAUUCAGUGAUUGUACUUUUGAAAAUAUAGUAACAAUGUAUGAAACUAAAUUAAUCAAUGCAUCGUUUAUUGACUGUGUAUUUAAAAAAGAAACACAAAUGAAAGAUUCUGACUUAAACUAUGCACAAUUUAUUCGUUCGAGCUUUGACAAAUUGUCUUUAAUAUAUGUUAAUAUAACGAAUGGAUCUUUCAUUGGUUGCACAUUCAACGGUAAAUCACAGUUUUACCAUUCGGAAAUGCAAAAUAUUAGUUUUGUGGGUUCAAUAUUUAAAAUAGAUCAAAAACAUCACUUUGAUCAAGUGUCUUUAAAUUAUUGUGAUUUUCGCAAUGUAUCAAUGGAACAUACUAAAUUUGAAAAUUCAAGUCUAAUCUAUGCAAACUUUAGUGAUGCAUAUUUAAAUAAUGUCGAAUUUUCUAAGAAUACUUUUCUUACAAAUUCUGAUUUUUAUAAUUCAAAGUAUGAUUGGACUCAUUUUACUGAAACAGUUCUAACAGAUUCGAGAAUUGAUUUAACGGAUUCAAAGUUACAUUUUUCUAAUGUUAUCUUGCCGAAUGGCACUUGGUUGAUUAAUUAUAAUAACAUAAUGAAAAAUGGAGAUGCAGAAACACAUUGUUGGCCAAAUCAUCGAGAAAAUACUAUUUCGGAAUGGUCAAAAACAAACGGUGCACCAAUUACAUAUUAUCAUAAAAAGGCUUCCUUACAUUCUGAAAAUUCUGUAACAGGAAACUGUUCAUUUAAAUGUGCAGACGCAGACGAGCAAAUGUGUAUAAUGGAGCGAAAUAUCACACUUGAAGAAUUUAUAGUCUUUCUUGAUGAUAAUGCGUCAAAUUACUCCAUUUCAGCAUAUUUUGGUAGUGAUAGUGAGUGUGCCGAAAAUUCGACCGAUGUACUGAUUUCAGGCAGUCAGACAACGUUUAAAAGACAAUUGCAGAAUCCUUAUAUUAAAUCGAAUAAUGGCACCAUACAAUGGAAACCGGCAAAACUGGAGUUUAAACUGAUGAGUGAAAAGAAAGGUUUCUUCACUCUUCGUGUCACAUUUCAUAAAAACUCAACUUCAUGUCUUAUUGAUAAUAUUGAAUUUCGUUUGAAACAAGCGUCCAAUAAAAAACCGUCGUAA